AUGAGUAUUCCAAGAAUUAGUAAAAAACAAGUACAUAGAAUAAAUGUACAAACUAAUAAUCCUGAAGACUAUUUUCGCAUAUUAGUUUUUAUCCCAUUCUUAGACUCUUUUAUAAGUCAAUUAAAGUUUAGAUUUCUUGAUCAUGUUGAUAUUUUAUCAAGUUUUCACUCUCUAUUCGACGAAAUUUCUACAACAGAAGAAUUAAAAAAAUUGGCUGAAUUUUACGAAGAAGACUUAAACGGUAAUAAUUCGAUAUUAGAAGAAUUCCAAUUAUGGCUGAGGAACUUAAAAAAUUGGAUAUUAAACCAAAAAAUUUUAUCGAUUCACCAAAGUUGUCCAGGCAUAAAUAAAUUAUUUCAAAUUUUGGCUACGCUUCCUAUAUCUUCAGCAUCAAACGAGCGGAAUUUUUCAUCUCUCAAAAGAAUCAAAACAUAUCUACGAAAUACAAUAUCUAAGAAAAGAUUAAAUGGAUUGGCGAUGUUAAACAUUCACAGGGAAGUUGAAAUUAGUGAUGAUGAAGUGAUAGAUGAAUUAUCA